AUGGCUCGUGUCCGCAUAGAUCCUAUCAAAUUGGAGCAGUUGGCUCAUGAGAAGCUUAGUCAAGGCGGUUGGUACUAUGCAUCCUCUAAUGCGGGCAUGUCCAACACCCACCUGGCGAACCGUCAAGCCUUUUUCCGUCACCGUAUCAUCCCCCGACAACUAGUAGAUACCAACCUGCGAGAUACAACUACGGAGAUCUUUGGACACCACGUAUCAGCCCCAAUAGGCUUUGCGCCCAUCGGAAUCAACAAAAUUUACCAUCCAUCAGCAGAAGCCGCAGUCGCCAAGGUUGCAGGCGAACUCAAUCUCCCGUACUGCCUCUCUACAGCAGGAAGCACACCGAUUGAGAAAGUCGCAGAAGCAAAUGGCCAAGGUCCCCGGUUCUAUCAGCUGUAUAUGCCGCAUGAUGACGAGUUGACACUGUCUCUCCUCAACCGGGCAUGGAAGUCCGGGUUUGAUGCGCUCAUCCUCACUACUGACACCUGGCAGCUUGGCUGGCGACAUGACGAUGUGGCCAAUUCCAAUUAUGCCUUCUACCGCGGGACCGGUGCCGACCUAGGCUUGACAGACCCUGUAUUCCAGAAGCGAUGUCGCGAAGAAGGUAUUGACCCGGAGAAGGACAUCGUCGCGGCCUCGGCAAAAUGGAUUGACUCCGUCUGGCAUGGACGUGCAUGGUCCUGGGAGAAGAUCCCCUGGUUAAUCGAACAAUGGAAGAAGAUUUCCGGUGGAAGACCUUUCGCUAUCAAGGGGAUCCAGUCGGUCGCAGAUGCAAAAAAGUGCGUCGAGUACGGCGUCGACGGUAUCGUGGUGAGCAAUCAUGCCGGUCGGCAGGUGGACGGAGCCAUCGCAAGUCUUGAUGCACUAGAGAAUAUUGCCAAUGCUGUUGGUGACCAGAUUUACAUCAUGUAUGACUCUGGAGUUCGCGGCGCGAGUGAUGUCGCGAAAGCGCUGGCGCUGGGUGCCCGGUUCGUGUUUGUCGGCCGGCUCUGGAUCUGGGGGCUCAGUAUCAUGGGAGAGGAGGGAGUCCGUCAUGUUAUGAAAUCGCUGCUCGCUGACUUUGACAUUUUCAUGUGUGUUGCGGGAUUCAACAGCGUGAAGGAACUUGACCGAUCGAUUUUAGGUAUGCUUGCAAUCAUACCCGAAAGGAUAUACCCUUAUCCCGGACAAAGUCUUGUGAACUGA